ACACAGCUUGGUAACAAACGUUAGGAAAGGCAAGAUACUGCAUGGGCGACAUAUGAACGACCUCCCUAGGCGCAAGCGACAGCUUCUCGACGCGCAGUCUCCAAUCGGCAAUCUAGAUCUACUGUAGAUACACUAGCCUAGAUCGCCGGCCUAGGUAGAAUCCAAGAUCUAAAGAGCCAAAUUUCAAGCACGACAAGAUGGCGUCCACGUCGUUACACAUGAUGACAAAACUGUCACCUUACAUUUACACCUAUGAGCCGAGCGAGACACGCGCGCCGUCAACGUCAGGCCCCAAGCUCGUUCUGUUCGCCGCCUGGAUGGACGCACAAGACGUCCACAUAUCCAAGUACCUCGCACGCUAUCAGACGAUGUAUCCCGGCGCCACGAUUCUCCUCAUCAAGUUCGUCAUGCGAGAAGCCAUGCUCUCCUCCGUCGCGACCAGCGCCGUGCAGCCGGCAGUAUGGCACAUACGGUCCAUGAUAAGCGCCGGCGCUCUCUCCGCCGCUCCCGAGCGCCCCGAGAUCUUGGCCCACGUCUUCUCCAACGGCGGCGCCACCACGAUGCAGGAAGUCUGCACCAGCUACGCCCAGCUCUUCGGGCAGCCAUUUCCCUUACACUGCACCGUAUUCGACUCCUGUCCGGGCUUGCACGCCUUUUCCAAAUCGUACAACGCCCUCAUCGCGAGUUUCCCGAACAGUCUGACUCGCGUCUUCCUUGCCCCUUUCAUCAUGCUCAUGAUUUUCCUGGCUUGGCUGUGGCAUAUUCCUCUCCGCUUCAUCUCUGGCGAAGAUUUCCUCACAAAGAACGCGAGAGUCUUGAAUGAUCCCAAGCUAGUGAACCAGACAAACAGGACUUAUAUCUACGGGCCGGCAGAUACCAUGGUAGAUUGGCGCCAUAUCGAAAGGCAUGCCGACGAAGCUGCAUCGAAAGGCUUUGUCGUGCGGAAAGAAAUCUUUGAGGAUAGUCCGCAUGUCACUCAUAUGAGAACGGACACUCAACGGUAUUGGUCUAUUGUUAAUGAGACUUGGAAGGAAGCUAUCUCUGCAUGAUAAGGUGUUGUUUAUAUAGAGUAAUAAAUUUAGAUGUGUCUUAGAAAUUGUCUGCGAAGCAUAGAUACAUCCUAAGAAUUCAUAUAUCUCGGCCCAGGAGACUCGUACGACCCCUGACACAUAAGCACAAAAGAUCAUUUCGCAAAUUAUCCCACAUGCUAAUAGUACAUCCCACCCUGAGGAAGAAUGGAAGAAGAGAAGAAGAGAAGCUCUAAAGCAUAACAAAUCAUUCUAUCGAGAAAAGCGAGAAUCCCAGAUUCAUACACCAGCCUCUAGUAUAGAUCUAGUAGCGUUGAAGAAAGGAAUCUAAAUGAGAUAUAGACCGACCAGUAGAGAUGGCUACCCUGAAAACUCCAAGGCAGCAAAGCAAUCGGAUCCCCCGCCCGCACAAGCACUACAGCGGUGCAUAUUGCCGGGUUUAUAACGAAGAUAGAACCGCCGUGUAGCCAUCGAGGGAUUAAAUGAUAAAAAAGCAUAACCAAAUUAAAGCAAAGGUAUAAU